AUGGUCAAGUUUGAUGUGUUCAAAUUCAAAAUCAAUUUGAAAGAAAAACCUGUAAGCAGAAGAGGAAUUCUGUCAGUCACAAGCUCCAUCUAUGACCCCUUGGGCUUUCUUGCACCUGUAAUAUUGCCAUCAAAGAUUCUAAUGCAACAGUUAUGCAGAGAAAAACUUGCCUGGGAUGAUGACAUUCCAAAACAGAGUGCAGAAAGGUGGAUUACCUGGUUAAGUGGUCUAAAUCAGUUGACUGACUUCAGUGUACCAAGGUGUAUUAAACCAGUAGACUUUGGAGUGUCCACUUCAGCGCAGCUACACCACUUCUCAGAUGCUAGUGAGGUGGAAUAUGGAGUUGUCUCAUACCUCAGAUUGUUAAAUGCUGAUGGAAUUGCACAUUGCGCCUUCAUGAUGGGGAAGUCUCGUGUGGCGCCACUGAAGCAGACCACCAUUCCACGUAUGGAGUUGGCUGCUGCAGUUGUUGCUGUUAAAACAGACAAGAUGCUGAAAGAUGAACUGGAACUAGAAUUGCAAGAAUCUGUAUUCUGGACUGACAGCACCACUGUUUUGAGAUAUAUUGGCAGUGAAGGACUUUGUUUCAAAACGUUUGUUGCCAACAGAGUUGCCACCAUACGAGAGUCAACUAGACCACAACAGUGGAGGUACAUCAAUACCUCUAUGAAUCCUGCUGAUUGUGCAUCCAGAGGACUUACUUGUGAAAGGUUCAUGAAAAAUGUGAACUGGAUCAAUGGUCCUUCUUUUCUCAAAGAAUCAGAAAGCAACUGGCCUGAGACUAAUCAUGACCUAUCAACAAAUUUGUUUGACAGUGAGGAAUUCAGUGGAUUUUCAACCCACCUUCUGGAUCUCAUUUCGGUGGAGUGUGGGAAAGACAGAUAA